AUGGAUGGUCCUUCUGGCCGUGUCUCGUCCCUCCAUGAGCAAUACUGCGAAGUGGUGUGGCAAGAACAAUCAGUGUUUCGGGAGUCCUGCAGUGAAGGCAGAGGGGAGGUCUCUCAGGCAGCUGCAGAACUCCAGCAGUACUGUAUGCAAAACGCCUGCAAAGAUGCCUUGCUUGUUGGGGUUCCUGCGGGGAGCAAUCCCUUUCGAGAACCCCGAUCCUGUGCUCUACUCUGA